AUGACAGUAAUUUCCAACUCUUCCUCUGAAACUAGAAUCGCUCCUCGAAGGCUGUCUACCGCAGCCGAAUUCCUUUCACGCGAGAGCGUUGUUAGGAUAAAAGCUGAAGAGCCCAACUCUCCAAUUUCCCCGCGUUCAAUUCCACCCAGGAACUUUUCAAAGUUUGUGCAGCGGAGACCCCAACCCACAGCUCUGGUUGAAGAGUUUAUUCAAUCUUUCAAGGAGCUUGAAGCAUACAAGAAUGGCAAGCCAGUCGUAGUAGAUGGCCAAAAUCUUACAAUAGCUGCAGUCACUGCCGCUGCACGAUACAACUCGACUGUUUCUCUUGACGAAUCCCCCGCGUUGAAGGCUAAGGUUGCUAAAAGCCGCAAAGUCAUCGUCAACAAAAUCGACGCAGGCUUGAGCGUAUACGGCGUGUCGACAGGCUUCGGAGGAAGCGCCGAUACUCGUACAGACCAACCUAUCCUUCUUGGCAAUGCCCUCCUUCAGCAUCAGCAAAGUGGAGUUCUUCCAUCGUCGACAAAAACUCUUAAUGUACUCCCCCUUCAAGAUCCUCUCGGGUCCAGCAGCAUGCCUGAGGCUUGGGUGCGAGGCGCAAUACUUAUUCGUAUGAACUCGCUUAUUCGGGGACAUUCUGGCGUACGAUGGGAACUCAUCGAGAAGAUGAAUGAACUUCUGCGGGAAAAUAUCACCCCCUUGGUUCCCUUGCGGGGUACCAUAUCCGCGUCGGGAGACCUUACUGCUUUGUCCUACAUUGCUGGUGCCCUUAUAGGAAACCCAUCCAUCAGAGUUUUCGAUGGACCGGCUGCUUUCUCUGGACGUGAAAUUGUCUCUUCUAGUAAAGCUCUGGAAGCCCAUGACAUCACGCCUAUACCUCUAGCCUCUAAAGAGCACCUUGGCAUUUUAAACGGAACAGCAUUUUCUGCAUCUGUCGCCUCUUUGGCUCUAAAUGAAGCUAUACAUCUCACACUUCUCUCCCAAGUAUGCACCGCGAUGGGUACAGAAGCCCUGGCUGGAACGCGGGGAUCUUUUGAUGCUUUCAUCAACUGUGUUGCUCGGCCUCAUCCUGGCCAGAUUGAGACCGCUAGAAAUAUCUGGAAUCUCUUAGACGGGAGUACCUUUGCAGAUACAGAGAAAAAAGAGGUUACUAUAGCGGAAGAUGAGGGGGUUCUUCGUCAAGAUCGUUACUCUCUUCGCACGGCACCACAAUUCAUUGGUCCUCAAGUGGAAGACCUUAUCCAAUCACUCAAGACAUUAACAAUUGAGUGUAAUUCAACAACCGACAAUCCUCUCAUUGAUGGGGAAGAGGGCGUCGUUCACAACGGUGGCAAUUUCCAGGCGAUGGCUGUCACCAACGCUAUGGAAAAAACUCGUCUCAGCAUUCAUCACCUCGGCAAGAUUUUGUUCGCCCAAUGCGCCGAACUCAUGAAUCCAGCUCAGAACAGAGGUUUACCUCCGUCUCUGGCUGCGACAGAUCCUUCUCUCGACUAUCACUGUAAAGGUAUCGACAUCGCCUCCGCAGCCUACGUCGCCGAACUUGGGUACUUAGCGAACCCUGUAUCUACGCACAUCCAAUCCGCUGAGAUGCACAAUCAAGCUGUCAAUUCUCUGGCUCUGAUCUCCGCACGUGCAACCAUCACUUCUUUGGAUAUUCUUUCCAUCUUGAUUUCGUCCUACUUAUAUGCUAUUUGCCAAGCUCUGGAUCUGAGGAGCUUGCAACAUGAAUUCUAUGAAGGGCUUGCGAAGAUUUCAGAAGAAGAAUUCUCAGCGUCUUUCGGCUCUGAUAUCCCUAUCGAACAUUCCAUGAAGAUCAAACGGACCCUUUUCACUGUCAUGCAAGACACAUUCAAUUCUACCAGUACCAUGGAUGCGAGGGAAAGAAUGCACAAGGUUGCCGCAUCAUCAUCGACCGCGCUCCUAGAUUUUUUCACCGGUUCAUCAUUUAUUAAUGAGAACGUGGUUACGUCCUGCCUUACUGCCAUACCGUCGUUCCGCUCACGAGUGGCCGAACGACUUUUCACGUUGUUGGAUGGUCUGCGAAAUGACUACCUUUCUGGCGCCAGAGGCCCUGCACCAGCCAGUCCAUACCUCAACAACACCCGCCCGGUUUACGAAUUUGUGCGAAUUACAUUGGGCAUCAGAAUGCACGGGUCAGAGAACUACCAUCGUUUCGAACAAGGCCCAGGUGUCGAAGAUGUCACAGUGGGCCAAAACGUGUCCCUUAUCCACGAGGCUAUUCGUGAUGGAAAGAUGCAAUCCGUCAUUGUUAAUCUUUUCGAAUCUUUGCAGUAA